AUGACGAAGCGGACGGCAGGACACCGCGGAAACUCGGUUAGGUCGGUCAUGAUUGGCCUAGCCAUCAGUCUUGCAGGUUACGUUUUGUCUAGCUUCGUGUACGGUAUCGACACUGGGAUUAUAGCCUCCACAAUCGCUCAAAAGACUUUUAAAAUUUACAUGUAUGGGUCUACACUGGACAACGCCUCCAUUAGAGCCGGCAUUGUCUCUGGGUACUAUGCGGGAUACGCUGUUGGAAGUGGCGGCUCUGCCUAUGCCAUGGACAAGAUCUCUAGGCGUUGGACGCUGCUUCUAGGUGCAUGCGCUAGCGUCUUGGGAGCUGUUCUGCAGACUGCUGCUAUGAACCCCGCCAUGAUGAUUGUUGGUCGCGCCUUUUCGGGCUUUUCAACUGGCAUGGUGUAUCCGACUGCGCCCGUAUAUCUAGCAGAGCUCAGUCUUCCAGAGAAUCGAGGGUUUCUGGUAGGCCUGAAAGGACUGAUGAACACAUUGGGGUUCUUUGCUGCGGGUUGGGUUGGAUACGCCGGCUCGUUUGCCGUUGGUGACUACCAAUGGCGAGUGCCACUGGCUACCCAAAUCCCACCAGCGCUGUCCCUGGCCAUCAUGACGGCUUUCCUCCCAUACUCUCCUCGUUGGUUGGCUAUGAAAGAGCGAUACGAUGAAGCCAAGAAGGUCAUGUACACACUGCAUCAUCACCGUGGCGAUGAUGUCGUCGAAAAGGAGUUUGCCGAAAUGUGCAGUCAAAUUCAGCACGACACCACGAAGAAGAAGUCUUCCAACUUCAUGAAUCUUUUUACACGCCAGUACAUCCGUCGUACUCUACUUGCAUGCCUCACUGUCAACAUGAUGAAGCUCUCAGGAUCCAACAUCAUCCAAAACUAUCAGUCCAUCAUGUACAACUCGCUUGGCUACAAAGGCCAAACGGUUCUUCUAAUCGGCGCAUUGUACGGAUUUAUGGCUGUAGUUGGACAGAUUAUUAACGUAUUCUUCGUUGCUGACCACUGGACUCGCCGCAUUACAGUUAUUUCUGGUAGCUUCUGCCUUGCUGUCCUCCUCUCAGUUCUCACGGCGCUGUCAGAGCGGUUCCCAGAAGGAUCUGAUGCCAACGGAUCUCGUGCAGGAGUUGCAUUUAUCUUUCUGUUUUCUUUCUCGUACUCAUUCUUCUUCAACAGUGUCAACUGGGUCUUGGUCGCUGAGAUCUUCCCACUUGAUCUUCGUGGCGUUGGUGUCGGAUUUUCCGUAUUCACGCAGUCCGUCACGGCGAUUUGGCUUUCGUACGCGGCAUCUAUAGCAUUUGGUGCAAUUUCGUGGAAGUUUUACUUCGUCUUCAUCGCCUGCAACGUCUUUGCCGGAACCAUCUACUACUUUUUCCUCCCCGAGACUCGCUUCCUUUCGUUAGAGGAGGUUGCAGCCAAGUUUGGAGAUGACGUUGUCGCCAUCUCACCGAAACAAACGGAAAUAGAGGCUUCGGAGAAAAUUGAGCCUGAUGUGACGAAGGCAGAAGUUUCAUCAGACCAUCUUGAGGAUGUGAGAAAAUGA